AUGCAUCACUCGUUAUUACACGACGAUUCUCGAUAUUUGAGAAGAGAGAAUCUCCAAACGUCAACUCCUGUAUCAAAUGAAGAAACUUCUGUCGAGAUCUGCAAUACUCAUGGUAACUAUGAUAAUAAAACAUUGUUACGAUAUGUUCCGGUAUUGCUUCAUGGGCAUGGUAAAUUCGUCCGCACUUUUGCUUUCCUUGACGAUGGCUCGUCGGUUACAUUGAUGGAACAUGAUCUCCUGAGCGAAUUAGGUCUUGAAGGUGAAUCGUAUCCUCUGUGUCUGGGAUGGACAGCCGAUCAUCAACGUCAGGAAGAUAAUUCUGUAAAGCUUGGUAUAGGGAUUUCUGGAGUGCACGAUAGGAAAGUGCAUUGGAUGCCGAAGGUUCACACCAUCGGAAGUCUUGCCUUGCCUCGUCAAACUCUUGAAGUGGAAGAACUAGUGCUUCGCUAUCCACAUUUGAAGGACCUGUCCUCUGACUCAUAUAAUGGUGCUCAGCCCAGGAUACUUAUUGGAAUGGACAACUGCCGUUUGGGCUACGCAUUGGACAGUAAAGAAGGGAUGAAAAACGAGCCAAUCGCCACACGAACCCGUCUUGGAUGGGUAAUUUUUGGACCUUGCUCAUCAGUUUUUUACAUCGAAAAGCUGACUGAAAGCCAGCUUUCAGAAGAAUUCCCCCGUGUGUGGUAUUUGCCGAUAUUCCCUGUGAUUAAUCCGAACAAACCGGGUAAGCUGCGCAUAGUUUGGGACGCGGCCGCUAAGGUGGCGGGAACUUCACUCAACUCUGUUUUACUCACCGGUCCGGAUCAACUUACAUCUCUUCCGUCCGUGCUUCACCGUUUCCGAGAGUUCCGAGUGGCCAUUACGGGAGAUAUACGGGAGAUGUUCCAUCAGGUGAUGGUGAAUAGAAUUGACCAACAAUGUCAGAGAUUCUUAUGGAGGGAUGGCAAUCAAGAUCGUAGCGAGGAGUCUGAUGAAGAAGCAAUAAAAUUAGCAAAAGAUGUCCGUUAUGUUCAUAAUGAAGGUGGGUUCGAAAUUCGUAACUGGCUGUCGAACUCAAAGCGAGUGUUGCGUGAGUUGGAAGCGGAGCCGGGCGAGAAAAGUUUUAACCUGUCGAGUGAGUUGGGAACGGAGAAAGUUCUUGGGCUGUGGUGGUGCACGAGCUCUGAUAUGUUCACCUUCAAACUAUCUCCGAGAAUAAACGCUGACCUACUUCGAGGUCUCAUUGUACCGACAAAAAGGCAAAUUUUGAGCACCUUAAUGAUGAUUUACGAUCCGCUGGGAUUAUUAGCAAACUUUCUGAUGUUCCUAAAGAUAUUGCUUCAAGAGAUUUGGCGUAGUGGUGUCGGUUGGGAUGAUCACAUUAAGAGUGAACAAUUCAAGAAGUGGCUGAUAUGGUUGCGUGUUCUUCCGUUAGUGGAUUCUGUUAGCGUACCCAGAAUGAAUACAAGCUGUGGAGAGCGGAAUAAUAUACAACUUCAUGUAUUUGUUGAUGCAUCUGAGAACGGGUUUGCUGCGGUUGCUUAUCUACGAUUUGAAGAGGAUGGCGUAGUGGAGUGUGCGCUUGUCGGUGCGAAAACACGGGUAGCUCCUUUACGAUUUAUAUCGAUUCCUAGACUUGAGCUUCAAGCAGCAGUAAUUGGAGCACGUUUAGCAAACCAUAUCUUGAAAUCGCACAAGCUGCAGCCUAGACAAAGAUUCUUCUGGUCAGAUUCCCGCGACGUUCUCUGUUGGUUGAAUUCUAAUCACCGAAAAUAUAGUCAGUUCGUAGCGGUGCGAAUCAGUGAAAUGCUGGAGUUGACGGAACCCAAUGAAUGGAAUUGGAUUCCGUCGAAACUGAAUGUCGCAGACGACGCAACAAAGUGGCAGAAGUUACCAGAUUUGUCUCCUUCAAGUCGCUGGUUUCGUGGACCAGAAUUCUUGUGGAAAUCCAAACAGCAUUGGCCUGUUCUACCAUCAAAUAAUAAUCACUCCACGGAAACCCCUGAAGAAAAGCGUCCUUAUGUAUUCCACCACUUUGCAGAACGCACAAUGUUUCGAUGGGAGGACUUCUCUAGUUGGAAGCGUUUGCUUCAUCAUGUAGCGUUCGUAAAAUGCUUUCCAGCUAAUUUGCUUAGGAAGCUAGCAAAAAAGUCUAUAGUUACCGGCGCACUGACGCAGGAGGAACUUAAAAAUGCGGAAUUGUUCAUAAUUAAGAUCGUUCAGGAAGCUGAGUUUUCAAGUGAAAUAGAAAAGUUGAAGAAACCAAACCCUGUGCCAUGGAAGAAUGUGUUACCGAAAAGUAGCAAAUUGUAUGGACUGAGUCCAUUUAUUGACAAUGAUGGGUUGCUUCGUAUGAAGGGUCGCAUAGACGCUUGCGAAUUUGUAGGAGAGUGUACGAAAUAUCCGAUACUAUUACCCAGGUGCCAUUCUACUACAGACCUUAUUAUAUUCGAUAUCCAUCAACGUUAUUGCCAUAUCAACCAUCAAACCACGCUCAACGAUAUCCGUCGAAGAUUCUAUGUGCCUAAACUCCGUUCAGCAUACAAACGCGUACAAGCAGCAUGUCAGUACUGCAAAAAUCGGAAGGCAAAGCCGGCUGUACCAGAAAUGUCAGUUCUUCCGCCUAUGCGACUAAAGCCCUUCUGUCGACCCUUUUCCUAUAUUGGCAUCGAUUAUUUCGGGCCGAUGUAUGCCGUUGUGGGCCGACGGACAGAAAAACGUUGGGGUGUAUUAAUCACCUGUCUCACUGUUCGAGUAAUACACCUUGAAGUAGCACACAGCCUCACAACCGAUUCUUGUAUACUUGCCAUCCGAAACUUUAUCGCUCGGAGAGGAGUUCCACUGGAAAUAAUCAGUGACCGCGGCACUAACUUCAUUGGAGCCAACCGCGAACUGAAAGAAGCACUACAGCAGAUGAAUCAGAACAAGCUGAUGGAACACUUCGUGACCACCGACACUAAAUGGUCCUUUAAUCCUCCUGCUUCUCCACAUUUUGGGGGCGCUUGGGAACGCCUCGUUCAGUCAGUGAAAAAAGCAUUAACACACCUUCAAAUUACGCGCAAUCCUACUGAUGAACUUCUGAGAAAUAUGUUGGCCGAGGUUGAAUUAAUUGUAAACUCACGACCGUUAACUGAAUUGCCGCUGGACGACGAGCUGUCUUCACCACUAACUCCAAAUCACUUUUUGCUUGGGUCGUCAAACGGCUCCAAGUCCCUGGUUAUAUUCAAUGACAGCAGUUACACCCUGAAUCAUACAUGGAGAAUGUCACAGGUCUAUGCGAAUAGGUUCUGGGAACGUUGGGUAGCCGAAUACCUGCCUACUCUAACGCGUCGAACGAAGUGGUUUUCUCAGGUGAAGCCCAUCGAAACAGGAGACAUAGUCAUUUUGGUGGACUAG